UGAUUUCUUUCUCAUCCCUUAGCUGUAUGUUGGCAUGAUUCGGCCCUCCAUCAAGAAAGGUGAUAGAAGAGGAGGAGGCGGCGAUGACUUCGUUUCUGAAGGCCAGGAGCCAGAAAUCGUUGACCUUCAAGGAUGUGGCUGUUGACUUCACCCAGGAGGAGUGGAAGCAGCUGAACCCUGCUCAGAGGGCCCUGUACAGGGAUGUGAUGCUGGAGAACUAUAGGAACCUCGUCUUACUUGGACUCCUUGUUUUUCAACCAGAUGUGAUCCACCAUUUGGAGAAUGGUGAACUACCAUGGAUGCCAGAGGGAGAGGUCUCAAGAAGCUCUUGUUCAGAUUCUCUCAUUCAGGAGAUGUGGUAUGAAACAGAGCCAGUUCCAAAACUGGGCAUUUCUAUGGGAGAGCCAUCCAAGGAAAGACUUGAAAAGGAUAAUCCUAGAGGUUGCAAGUUGAUAGGAGACUGGGAGUGUGAUAACAGGUUACAAAGGCAGAAGGAAAACAAGGAGAGAAAAUCCAGAAAAAUGACCACCAAUCGUGGUGGUAAUAGACUUGAGAGAAAUUUCAGUCUAAGUUUAAACUUUCCACAGCAGAGAAUUUCAAAAGGAAAAAGCAUUUGUAAACAUGGCAUCCAUGUCAAGACCUCCAAGCAGUUUUCCAGUCUCCUUAAAUGUUAUAAAAUCUCCUCAAAUAAGAACUACUGUAGAUAUAAUACAUGCAGGAAGUCCUUCAGUUACCAUUCAGAUCUUAGUCAGUAUCAUCAACCAGUCACUGGAGAAAAACCACAUGGGAAAUUUUUCAGGAAAACCUCACUUUGGAAGCAUGACAAUAUCCUUUCUCAAGAGAAAUCCUUUGUAUGUAGUGAGUGUGGGAAGACCUUUAUAGAAAAAGGAAGACUUACAGAACAUAAGAAAAUUCACACAGGAGAGAAACCCUUUGAAUGCAAUGAGUGUGGGAAGACCUUUUGUUAUCCAUCAAAACUUAAUCUCCAUAAGAGGAUUCAUACUGGAGAGAAACCUUUUAAAUGUAAUGAGUGUGGGAAAGCCUUCAUAGAUAAAGGAAGACUUACUGGACAUAAGAAAAUUCACACAGGAGAGAAGCCCUUUGAAUGUAAUGAGUGUGGGAAGGCUUUCUGUUACCGAUCAAGUCUUACUGGACACAAGAGAAUUCACACUGGAGAGAAACCCUUUGAAUGUAACGAGUGUGGAAAAGCCUUCUGCUACCAAUCAAGUCUUACUCUCCAUAAGAGAAUUCACACUAGAGAGAAACUCUUUGAAUGUAAUGAGUGUGGGAAAGCUUUCUGCUACCCAUCAAAGCUGAUUUUCCAUAAGAGAAUUCAUACUGGAGAAAAACCUUUUGAAUGUAAUGAGUGUGGGAAAGCUUUCAUAGACAAAGGAAGGCUUACUAAACAUAAGAAAAUUCACGUAGGAGAAAAACCCUUUGAAUGUAAUGAGUGUGGGAAGGCUUUCUCCUACCCAUCAAAACUUACUCUCCAUAUGAGAAUUCAUACUGGAGAGAAACCUUUUGAAUGUAAUGAGUGUGGGAAGGCCUUCAAUUGCAAAGCAAGUCUUACUAAACACAAGUUAAUUCAUACUGGAGAGAAGCCCUUUGAAUGUAAUGAGUGUGGAAGAAACUUCAGGCAAAGCUCAGCACUUAGAAAGCAUAGGAAACUUCACAACGGAGUCACUCUACAUAAGAUAUUUCAUACUGGAGAGAAGCCCUUUCAGUGUAAUGAGUGUGAGAAGGCCUUCAAACACAAAGCAAAUCUUAUUGAACACAAGUUAAUUCAUACUGGAGAGAAGCCCUUUGAAUGUAAUGAAUGUGGGAGGGGCUUUAGGCGACGUUCAUUACUUAGGAGGCAUCAGAGACUUCAUACUAAAGAAACAAUAUUGUGUUAGUGAGUGUGGGAAAGCAAUGGCAGCUUCAUACAUCAGGGAAACCCUUUGAAUGUAAUGACUCUGGGAAGGCCUGUAGCACCAACUACUCCCCUGGUAAGCGUUAGAAUUCACAAUGGGGAGUAACCUUUUAAAUGCAAUAAACCUGGGAAUACUUUCCACAGUGCUGAUUUCUGGCCACUUGUUGCCAUGCUGCUGACCACUCAACCCUCUGCUUUGGUCUACUCCUCCAGCUUCCACCCUGGAGCCCUGUGCUCCUGAUUUGUGAGAAUUCACCUAAUCUAACUUCACUAAGAGGCAACACCACACUGUUCUCUGGGCAUCUCUUCUCCUUCCUUCCACUUUCCAUCUCUAAGUCUGAAUAUUCAUCAGUUGCACACUACUGUUCCUGAAAAGGACAAGUGACUUCCUAGAUCACAGCACUCCUCCCUGGU